GGAAUGAGGUGGCGGGAAAAACAAAUACGACAACGUCAGAACUUUUGCGGGGAUUGUUGGAUGCGAUGGGUUAUGGUCGGUUCAUAGCUGUUAUUUUGAAUGAAAAGCUUUCACGAUGGCUCCGAUCAGGAUAAAACAUAUCGUCUCGUUUACAUCACAGGACAGUAAGAAUCGAGUGGAUCAUCUGUGUGACAGCAGUGGCAACAGCAGGCCGUGGUUAUGUAGUAUGCAGGACCGCAGUGGAGUACUCAGGGUGGAGUUACAGAUGGAGCGUGCAGCUCCUAUAGGCUUUAUUGAUGUUGGCAACUUCGGCUCUGCCUUUAUUCAGAUUGAUGUUGGCCGUUCCUCUUGGUCUUUGGAUCAUCCCUAUGUCACGCUGCUGCCCACCGCCACACUCAUGAUUCCAGCCGAAUCAAGGCAGGGCCUUGACCGCCAAAAUGUGCGCAUGUUUAAAAAAGCUGAUUUUCUCUCUCCGGCUGCUGAGGAGAGCUGGGACAGACUGCGAGUGACCUGCACACAGCCUUUUAACAAACAGUUACAGUUUGGGCUGUCGUUUUUGCGCGUGCGCUCCACAGAAAACCAGACUGAAGACUCUUCAGGCCAAGCACCUGCUCCUCAAAACUUGCGCACACCAGACAAGAUGACAUCCGUGACAGAGUGGCUCUCCAGCCCGGCUGUCCAAAACACAUUUUUUGGAAGAACCGCAGGGGAUGCCUCUCCAGAUUAUGCCAAAAGGAGCCCUGAGACUUUGAGUUGGGCAGGACGCAUGGUCAUAGCCGCCCGGUCUAAUAGACAGUCUGUUUCAACAUCCCCAUCCAGCUCCACAUCAAGCACAACACCUCAGAGAGACAACAGCAUGAAUCCCUCACCAGAAUCUAGUGGGCGAAGACCCACUGAGGAACGCAAGAGGAAAGCAAAGGCAAGACAAUGCCUUAUAAACCGUGGCACUGCAUUGAAGAGGACCAGACCUGCAGCCUCUCCUACACUUAAAACCAUCGCAACAAGCUCAACCAAAGGUUUGAGAACAGAGAAACGCAGUAGCUCUUGCAGUCAGAGCCCAGCGGACAUGUGGGAACGUGCCUCCUCUUCUCCACAGACCUCUACCGACCUCAUAUCUCCUGAGACCAUGUGUCCUCUUUGUGGAGUGUCUUUCAGUCUGGCUUACCUGCCUCUCCAUGCUUCCACCUGCAUGGAUUCUGAUCCAGCGGAGUUUUCAGGAGCCAUGGAAACAGCGGUUGUGACCUCACAGAGCUCUUCUCCUGUUUUUGGCUCGGGCACAGAUGAGUCAAUGGUUCCGUGUCCUCUCUGCUCUGUCAGAUUCCCCCCAGACCGCAUCCAGCAGCACGCCAGCACCUGUGGCGACACAGCGGAGUCAAGUGUUGUAUGGCUGGACUGAAUAAAAAGAACAGUGGUUCUGAUCUCAGAAGACCUUUAGAAAAAGCUAAUUGUUAACAGAAAUCAGGUUUUCUCUAGGACAGUUAACUGACUUAUGAACCUUGAAGACUAAACAUACAUUUUAGUGUAAAUGUAAAUAACUGAAAUGUAAAAAAACCCUGUAAAUGCUUUUUUAUUGUUUUAUAGAUUUGUUUUAUUGUUUAAGGUGACCCUCACGUUUGUUUAAAACUUGAAUGUGUCAGAUGUUUAAAUACAGUAUUAAACGUGUGUUGUCGCAUCAUUCACACUCUUUGUGCUGUUGAUAGAAACCACUGCUUG